AUGGGUGAAAACGUGCUCUCACAGGAGCCACCUACCUUUACUUCAGCUGAUCGCAUUCGACAGCUGAAUGACCUGGACAAAAAUGUCACCAAGCUUCUUCAAUCUGCAGGUCUCGCGAUUCAAGCUUUGACCAACGCCAAACCGGACUCCUCUUCAGUUCCACCAGAUGGGUCACUUGACUCGCACAAAACACGUUUCAAAGAAGCAAGUGCGAAAUACUUCGCGCUUUUAUCCUCAGCUGAUGUUACUCUGCGCCGCCAAAUAUAUUCUCUAGAGGAAUCCUCUCUCGUCGGACCCGAGAAAGGCUCGCGCGCAGGGGACACAAAAACUGGAGUCAGGAACGAAGGAGUCGCAGGAGCUAAGUCGCGAGCUCCAAAUUCACUGGAUAUCAGUCGGCUCAACACCCGGAAGGAUACAGUUGGGAAAGACAAGGAAGCUGAAUUGUGGGCGGCUGCCCGGAAAUUCGUUGAACAGACGCAGAAGCUUUCCGAGACCAGCAAGGGUUCUAGGCCAGCAAAUGAACCUGAGGACAUGCAGGUGGAUUGA